AUGGACCUCAAAGCCAUGAAAUAUAAAAUCCUGGCGGAGCAUGUGGAGCCCAGUGUGGGCCAGCAGAGUCAGCGUGAACUUCUGUCUCCAGACACCAGUAGAAUGGUAACCCAGCUGGAGAGCCGGAUAAAGGAGUUAAAGAGCUGGCUGAGAGACACUGAGCUCUUCAUCUUCAAUCUGAAUCUCAGACCAGACGCACAACAAUGUGAGAGCGGGACUCAAGACGCUGAUGACCCACAACACGACCCGCAGGCCACCAAACAGCUGCAGCACUUCAGGGCUCUGUGUAUGGAGGUGCGGGGCAGACGGAAGGGCAUCUCCUCCGUGCUGAGGCUCUGUCAGAGGCUGCUGGAUGGGCCUGAACAUCAGAGCUCAGAGGCAGAGCGCCAGUCGCUGCAGCUGCUGCAGGUCAACCUGGAGAGACGUUGGGAGGCCAUCGUCAUGCAGGUCCUUCAGUGGCAGACCAGACUGAAACGCUCGCUGGGCAGAGACCAGGUCCCUGAAAAUCUCAUUGAGUCUUCUCUCAUGGACCUCCAUGGCCAGACGGAAGAAUCUUGGGAGUGGGAUGAGAUGGACAUGACCAUCUGUGAUCUGGAAACACAGGACUGUGAAGAUGAGCAAAACCCUGGAUCUAAGUCCAAUCUUGAUUCCCCAAAGGAGCAUUUAAGUCUCACCGAGUCAUGCACAAAUGACACACGGUGCAAAGCAGCCUUGAGCUCGGCAGAAUUAAAUGGCUCUUCUUCUCCUGUUUAUCAGGUGUACAGUCUGCCAUAUGUUGAACUCUACCAACAACCCCAGUAUAAUCACAAAUCAUCCUCAACCAAAUCCCAGCCAUCAGUGUUGAAGCGCCAAAGCAUGGAUUCCUCCUUCUCCUCAGCUGAAUGCUUACCUGACAUCCUGGGAGACCUGUUGAAGGGGAAGCAGGGGCUGCUAUCGGAUUCAGCCAGGAGAUCAGAGAGCGAAAGUGGGAUAGUGAGUGAAGGGGACAUAGAGAACAUAGGUAACUCUGAGGGCUGCCUGCUGUUCCAGAAUGAUGAUCCGAAAGUUUGUGCUACUUUCACCCUUCCUACCAGAGAAGAUUCACUUAAUGGAGACAGAGUCUCUGAUGAAGACAUAGACAGAGUUUUGGAGCGUGCCAACAAGUGUGCAGAAUACGGUGACAGUCUUACUAUUGGGCAGAGAGACCAGCGAUGGCAUAUCACGAGAAAGAAGAAAGAGGAUAGUGGAGAAAGCAAGAGGAAACACCACAAGGAGCCAGCGAAGACUCAUUCCAACAGCUUUGGGUUAAGCCAAGAGGCUAAUGACAAAUAUCUCAACAUGAGCGGAGACGAAGAGAGGGUGACUUCACAGCAAAAGCUUGAAAAGGCAUUUGCACAGCUCUCCCAGGGGUCUUCCCUUGACUCUCUUUUCGCAGUAGGAGAGUUAUUCCCAUCGAGCAAAGAGGCACUGACUCGUAGCACAUCCCUGGAAAGUUGGCUUACUCCAUGUAAGAGCGCAGAAGAUGUGGGGAGUAAGGAAAGUCUGAGGGACAUUGAAUCGACUGUGGAGUCCACGGGGGAACUCAGCAGAAGAACUCUGGAACUUCUAAAACGCCUUGAGGACAUCCAAAGCCCUCUUGCAAUGAAGAUGACACGUAGCGUCUCUGACGUAACGCUCCAAAGCAGCUCGCUGUGGCGUGAGUCACGCUCUGCUGGAGCUCCCUCCUCCAUUAACGAGAGCUCGGCAGCCUCGCUGACAGAAUUGAGCAGCACUGAGGACUCGUCUGUGGCAUCCGAGGACCUGGCUGUGCAAAUGAACCGUUGCGUGGCUGCGGAGUCCAACGCAUCCUUCCGUAAACAAACCGACGAGACCGACGCAAGAAUCAGUAUGGUCGUCAACGUUUCCUGCACAUCAGCCUGUACUGACGAUGAGGAUGACAGUGAUCUUCUCUCCAGCUCCACUCUGACGCUUACCGAAGAAGAGCUCUGUAUUAAAGACGACGACUCUAGUGUAACCUCAGAGGAGGAGUAUAUUGAAGGUUCCCUUGCUCUUGGGCUGGAUGAUAUAAAGGGUGAAUUGCAAAGCUGGAUGAAGCCUAGAUCUCAGAAUAAAGAGAAAAAUGAGGCAGAUCUAGUGGAUGAACUGCAGUGUGGCACCAUGUCUAAAGACAUCCUGUCACCCGUUAAGACCGCCAACGAUCGUAACUUUCUCAGCCGGUCUGCGCUGAAACUCUUAGAAACCAACACUAAUGCUAAAAACGAGAACCUCAAGCAAUGGGAGGUGGAUGGCAACCGAAAGGACGCUACCAGGAGCUAUAUCACCCGCUUUGUGGAUGACAUGGAGAACGGCAAUGUCGAAAGGACUCACAUCGAAGGGAAAGAUGAAGACGACGAACUGCUGAGGGAAGAGGGAGGUCUGCUAACCAAGAAAGGGGAAUCAUUUAAAAACUGUUAUGUGACGGAUGGCAUCAAAAGUGAUAUGGUGGCUGCCACCUCACCAUCGUCAUGUGAACAGUUGAGCUUGAGUUCCCUGGAAGGGCAGCUGAAAGGCGAGCUGCCAUGUCACAAUUCCCACCUUCCCUCCCCAUCUAUAACUCCGAUAGAAGAGUGUUCAGUCUUAGCUGCACACGCUCACAGCAGACAGAAGCAGCUCGCCACCUUUUUGAGUGACGUCCACGAGAACCAUCAAGAAAGCUCUUCAGAGAGCUGCAACCACCCUGCUUUCAUCUCUGUAGAGCCCAAGAGUGACAGUGUCCAUGACUUUGUGAUGGAGAUCAUUGACAUGACAUCUGUGGCCCUGAAGACCAAAGAGGCACAAGCAGAGCAGCCUACGGAGGUUUGUAGCCCAACGUCUGUAUCUCAGAUCAGAGAGAAGGUCCUCGAGCACUCCCAUCGGCUUAUCCAUUUGCGCAAGGGCGACUUCUACUCUUAUCUGUCACUGUCUUCGCACGAUAGCGACUGCGGAGAGGUCAGCACAUAUGCAGAGGACAAGAGCAGCACCCCGACACUUUCGAGUACGCCAGAUCUCCAUGACGAAGAGCCGCUCUUUGAAGCCUGCUCAGAGGAAGUGUACCUGGGCCCUCCUCUCUGUUACAGCAUGUCCAUUAGCAAACGGCCCACUAGACAUGCCACCAAAGUAACAGAGCCGGCCAGUCUCCCAAGCCCAGCACCUUCAUCGGGUUGUGAUGAAUACCUAAAAGCACAUGGUAUUUCUCAAGGAAGAGUAGCUGGUAGCCAGCCAGAAUGCCAUAAUGAGGCGCCUUAUCUUAAUCCUUUACCACGUGAAACCCCGAUAGAUACUGUUGAAUGUUUUGCAGAUACUAAAAUGCUUGAAUCCAAUAUUUCCCCUGUAAUGACUAAGAUAAGAGUCUCUUGCUCCACUACAAAUCCUUUAAAAGAGGAUGGCAGCCUUUAUAUUAAUCCUAAAAUUAACUGUCCGCUGAUAAGGAAGACUGAUAGCGAUGAAAGGGCUCUUGCUUCACAGUUGAUGAAACAGAAGAAUGUCGGGAAGGGGCACUGCUCUCUACAGGAAGCCAAGUCGACUCAUAAACAGCUGGCAAGGUCAGAGAGCAGCGGUGGUGUUGCGGAGGGCUGCAGGGCUCAGAUCAGCGGUCCACAGACACAUAGCUCAUCUGCAGGAAGGAGUAGAUUCAGCAGCAGGCCUCAGGUCAAGAGAUUCUCUGGAAGUCUCGCCACACCUGUGUGUAAACGCUGACUGAUCUAGUGGAGGCUCUCUGUGGUCUGACGCACCACCUCUGGGUGGUGAUGUGGGGGUCUGGAACGGACAACUAAGUGGAUAUUAAUGCAUGGGCCAUUAGUCUGGCACUUUAGAGAUCGAAGUCCUUCAUCCUCUGCUCCCGUAUCCUCUUCCUCCUGGCUGCUUUACUAUUUACCUGUGACCUUUGCCCUCCUGGUGACCUCCACUUCAAGCUCCACACUUGAGCUACCUCACCAGUCUUCCACCAUCCUGACCCCAUCUGACACUGAAAGUACACCACUAAAGUACACAUAAGCCUCUUCUGUAAUAGACCUGAUUAGCCAGCUAGCAACAUGUAAGCAGGUUCAGUUGUUUCAUGCCUAAACAUUGAGGCAUGUUAUUUGAGGGCAGUAAUGUGGUCCUAAUCAGCCUCCAAUGAGACGUGACGUUGUGGUCUCCACACUGUGAGAUCACUCAGGUGGAGGUUAUCAAACAGGCAUCACGUUCCUCUCUAGCUGACUGACGUAGCGCCACAGUUUCUAUGCAACAUGCCGGUUGUGUGGUGUUGUGUGGCAUGUGAUCUAUGGCAGUUUGAUGAGAUUUCGUUUUACUCCCUGAUAAACAAAGAAAUGUAUAAACAUUUUGUGCCUUGCAGUUACUACAUUUUGUUAAACACUGCUUCACCCCCUCGUGUGUCCUGUGAUAGGUGAGAAAGCAGACGUGUGGCAAGGCAGAGAAUGAUGAAUGGGCAUCUGUAAAUAUGUAAACUGUACGUUCAAACCCUGGUAUAUAAUGAUGUCAUAUUACUUCAUAGUCGUGUUACUGUUUGUGUCACCGUGAUGUGGAUAGAUAGUUACUGUUAGACUGCAUGGUGAACUAUGUACAAGAAAACUUCCAUAAAUAAACAUAAUUUAAUGAA